AUGAACCCAUUUGAGAGCCCAAUCUCUCUAGAAAUGCAAGGGGAACACGACUCACAAGACACGCACAAGUACUCCAUCAUCCUCCCUACCUACAAUGAACGAAAGAACCUGCCAGUCAUCACUUGGUUGAUCGCCAAGACGUUCGAGGAGAAUAAAUUGAGUUGGGAGAUUAUCAUUGUAGACGACGCAAGUCCGGACGGCACGCAGGACGUGGCGAAGCAGCUCGCACGGGUAUACGGCGAAGAUAAAAUCGUCUUGAAACCGCGAGCCGGGAAGCUGGGCCUCGGCACGGCAUAUAUCCAUGGUCUUGAUUUCUGCACUGGCGACUUCGUUAUCAUAAUGGACGCCGACUUUUCUCACCAUCCAAAAUUCAUCCCUCAGUUUAUUCGGUUACAACGAGCAUACAACCUCGAUAUCGUAACCGGGACACGAUAUAGCAACCAUGCCUCUCCUCCAUUACCGGGCACAUCUCUAGGCGGUGUCCACGGAUGGGAUCUCAAACGUAAACUUGUAUCCCGUGGUGCCAAUUUCCUCGCCGACACCGCCCUUGCUCCAGGAGUCAGCGACCUCACAGGUUCCUUCCGAUUAUACCGCCUUCCCGUCUUACGAAACAUCAUCACGAGCGUCGUUUCGCGCGGGUACGUGUUCCAGAUGGAGAUGAUGGUUCGAGCAAGGUCUGCAGGAUACACGAUCGGUGAGGUACCCAUUACAUUCGUGGAUCGGAUAUUCGGGGAGAGUAAGUUGGGAGCGGACGAGAUUGUGGGAUAUGCAAAGGGUGUAUGGUCCCUCUUCAAGGGUGUCUGAAGAGGUCUCCGCGUAUUUUAUUGUAUUUAUAUUCGCAUAGUAAUGCGGAUUGACGCACGCCUCAUCGGGAUUCUGUAAAUAUACAAGGCUG